ACACUUAACAAGAGAGAGAAAGAGAAAAGCAAAAACACUAGAGAGAGAGAUUGUAACACUAUCUCUGUACUUUGGUGAAUGUACUUAGCACUACAACACUAUAACACACUUUAGAGAGAGUGUUGUCUUUCAGUAAUUUUCUCAUAUUUUGUUUAUCUCUUACAUUCUUUCUUCAUAUUACACAUAAACCCCUUUUUCUUUUCUUGGUCAAAUUUUCUCCGCCGUUUUGUAUUUUUUCUUUUAUUUGGGUUCCUUAUGCUAAAGGGUUUGUUUCCUUUCUUAGAAUUAUCUCAGAUUCUUGUGAAAGAUUCUACCUUUGUCUUGUUCUGUUAGUUUCUGAGUUUCGAGCUUCACUUGAUUGUGUAUAGUUGUUUUGGCUUCAAAGAUUGAAGCUUUUUCCUUUUUGAGAGAAUGGGGUUUUUGAAUUUGGGGUUGCAUGUGCAAAUCUUCGUCACUUCCAUGAUCCUGAUUCUGAUGGCGGCUUUCUGUGUUGCAGACACUGACCCUGUUGAUGUUGCAGCUAUCAAUAGUCUAUAUGUUGCUAUGAACUCACCACCUCUUCAAGGGUGGAAGCCUGUGGGAGGGGAUCCAUGUUUAGAACUUUGGCAAGGUGUGGAUUGUGUCUUCACCAACAUAACUGCAAUAAUUUAUAACUCUGUUGACAGACGACUAGGAGGCUUGAAUUUGGGUGGAGAGCUUGGCAGUAAUUUGGAUUUUCCAUCAAUUAUAGACAUUGAUCUUAGCAACAACCACAUUGGAGGUGCUAUUUCAUUCACUUUACCCCCUACACUGAGGACCUUGUCUCUGUCAGGAAAUAAGUUAAACGGAAGUAUUCCAGACGCCUUAUCCCUAUUGACUCAAUUGUCAAAUUUGGAUUUGGCCAAUAACAACCUCACCGGUCAGCUGCCUUCCUCAAUGGGGAGUUUAUCAUCUCUUACAACAUUACUGUUGCAGAACAAUCAACUUGUAGGGACCCUUUUUGUUUUGCAGGGCCUUCCUCUUCAAGAUUUGAAUAUAGAGAAUAAUUUGUUCUCCGGACCAAUUCCUCCAAAUUUGCUGAGCAUCCCUAAUUUCAGUAAAAAUGGGAAUCCGUUCAAUACUACUAUUAUUCCAUCUCCGCCUGUUGCUGCAGCCCCUUCACCUGUAGCUAUCGGUCGAUCCCCUGAAGAAUCACCUUGGCAUGUGGCAUAUAGUCCUGCUGACUUCACAGCAUCGAUGCCUGGAAAAGUUAAGAAGUCUUUCCUAGCUGAGCAUGUCAUUUGGAUUGCUGGUGCCGGUUUAUUACUUUUUAUUGCUUUGGGAAUUUGUCUUUUAAUGGUGUGGUGCUGUAAGAGAAAGCCAAAAAAUAAAAAUCCUCAGAAGCUUGAUGUGGAGGCUUUUCCAAAAACUUUGCAUAAACCUACAUGCGAUGCCACUGUUUUCGAAACUACUAAUCAAGAUGGAAAAGCUGAGAAAACAUAUCGUUUAAAUGAAGUGCCAAAUAGAAGAACAAAUUCGAUUCCAAAGGUUCCGGAUCAAAAAGAAGUAUAUGUCAACAAAGUAUCUGCGACUUCAGAAUACAAUAAUGUUUCCAAACCUUCACUCCUGCAACCACCACCACAUUCUCUGCUGAGCAUUCCUGGUGAGAAGGUCAUCGUCAAUCCAGCUGCAACUACCAAAGCAACCGAAAGGCAAGUUAUGACAAGUUCGGUCAAAAUAUACACUGUCGCGUCACUUCAGCAAUAUACAAAUAGCUUUUCCCAAGAAAAUCGUAUCGGGGAAGGCACUCUUGGAUCAGUUUAUAGGGCUGAGCUCCCUGAUGGAAAGAUGUUGGCAGUGAAGAAGCUGGAUGCUACGACAUUCAAGGACCAGAAUGACGAACCGUUUCUUCAAUUGGUAUCCAGCAUCUCAAAAAUUAAGCACGCCAAUAUUGCAAAACUUGUUGGCUACUGUGCUGAGUAUAACCAACGAUUACUUAUAUAUGAGUAUUGUAAUAAUGGAACACUACAUGAUGCACUUCAAGGAGACGAUGAACACUGUAUUAAAUUUCCAUGGAAUGCACGCAUUAAGGUCGCACUUGGAGCUGCAAGGGCUUUAGAGUAUCUGCAUGAGAAUUUUCGGCCACCUAUUGUGCAUCGAAAUUUUAGAUCUGCUAAUGUUCUCCUGAAUGAAAAGUUUGAAGUACGUGUCUCUGAUUGUGGAUUAGAUCAUUUGCUAUCUUCUGGCACUGCUGGUCAGUUAUCUGGACGCCUCCUCACAGCUUACGGUUACAGUGCUCCAGAAUUUGAGUCGGGAAGCUAUACACAGCAAAGUGAUGUCUUCAGUUUUGGAGUUGUAAUGCUAGAACUCCUCACAGGAAGAAAAUCCUAUGACAGGUCACGGCCUCGUGCAGAGCAGUUUUUGGUCAGAUGGGCAAUACCUCAACUCCAUGACAUUGAUGCCUUGUCGAAAAUGGUUGAUCCCCGCUUAAAUGGAUCCUAUUCUAUGAAGUCCUUAUCACGGUUUGCAGAUAUUGUUUCUUCAUGUAUUCAGCGUGAACCCGAAUUCCGGCCAGCUAUGUCUGAAAUAGUUCAGGAUCUCUUGCUAACGAUGUAAAAGGAAAAGGAUGUGCGUAUCAUGAACUCCCUUACCUUAGCCUAGUUUUGUUCCCAACUUUUCUGGCCUUUACCUAUCUAUUCUUCAUUAAUUUGGUGUGAGAUCUUAAUCUUUUUUUAUUAGUUUACUUAAGCAGAAAUUCUGCUUUCUAAUGUAAUUAUUGACAUGAAUUGUGUGGGGUAGUUUUAUGCAUCAUUGUUCAUUAUUGAUGCUAGUAAGUCAAAGAUGGCAUGCCGCAGUUCAUAAUAUGAGUAUGUCAUCCAUCUUUUGCAACAAUUGGUUUACACACAUGAUUUUGGGCUAUGAGUAGAAAUCAACAACGAUGUGUCACCACCCUUCAAAUGA